UUCGCAUCCGAAAUUAGAUCAUUUUGCGCGGAAAGUGAUUCCAUGAUGUGGUUGUGAGGACGUUCCUUCCCUAGACAGGGGAUCGUUGCCUCAGUUCGCAAUCAUUUUCCCACAGCUGGACUCUCCUCCCAAUUCUGUUAUAUACGACGCGCCUCUCCCCUUUUCACAGAUCUCGCUAUGUAUAAACCCAGACACAUUCGACCAGAUCCGGUUGAACAUCCCCCUAGCCUAUACCCCUGAUGACGCCCUUCCCUACCCCUUCCCAAUUUCCACACCAUGCUCCCCACUGACCUCAUCGUCGACACCUGCAUCAUCGGCGGCGGCGCAGCAGACGCCUACGCCGCCCAUCGACUCCAACAGCACAACCACACGUUCGCUAUUAUUGAACCCAACUCCGGCCUCGGCGGCCACACCGUCACGUACCGCGACCCGCUCUCCCACAAUCAACCGGUCGACUACGGGGUGACCUGGCUGCAGGACUUGCCGGUCGUGCGCGACCUGUUCGCCCACUACCAGGUCCCGCUCGUUGCACAGAAGAUCGACUACCGCGUCGAGAUGUUCGAUUUUACCCCCGGGCGGCCCAUCCAACCCCGCUCCGCCGACGAUGCCACUGCCGCGCUGAACCGGUACAGGAAGCUGCUGGCAGAGUACCCGUACUUGGGCACGGGGUUUGAGGAUCUCCCCGACCCGGUGCCGGAUGAGUUGGUGGUUCCGUUCAAGCAGUACAUGGACAAGCACCAUCUCGGCGGGCUGUUGGAUGUCUUCAGCUCGUGGCUGACUGGGCUGGGCGAGUGGCCGUAUUACCCGACGUUGUAUGUGAUGAAGUACCUCGGGAGGGAUUAUCUGGAUGGACGGACCAGGGUGGGGUGGGUGCGGCCGGCGAGUCAUGAUGCGAGCGAGCUUUUCCGGGUGAUGGAGAAAGGGCUGGGUUCGGGGGUGGUGCUGUUGAACACCCGCGUGGUGAGGGUGGAGUCGCGCAGCUGGAACGCCGGUCGCGUCGUGGUGGAUGUGGCUACCACGGCGCCACGCUCUACCAACACCACCAGGCGGCGCAUUCAGGCAAAAGCGCUCCUCUUCACCGCACCGCCCCUACCCAGCAAUCUCGCCGUACUAGGUCUCGACGCCCACGAACACUCCCUCUUCCGCCAGUUCGCGGACCCCUGGUUCUACACGGCGCUGAUCCGCGUGCAGGGGCUGCCGGCGGACGCUUUCCUCGAGAACCACGACCCGGACCACCCCUUCCAUCGUCCCCGUCUUCCGGCUGUCUUGGCCUUCCGGCCGACGGAUAUAGCGAACAUCGCGAGGGUCACGGUGGCGAGUACGACGCGGGGAUUGACCGACGACGAAGUCCGGGAUUGUAUACGCGCCGGGGUGGAUGCUGUGCGCCGCCGGCUGGGCGGGAAUGUGUCGGACCCGAAGAUCCUGGCGGUUCGGGAUCACUCCCCGUACACGCUGACGGUGUCGGGGGAGGCGGUCGCGAAGGGGUUUUAUCGGCAGUUGACGGCCUUGCAGGGUCAUCGUAGGACGUACUAUGCCGGGGCGACGUGGGAUACGCAUCAUGCUCCGCAGGUGUGGAUGCUAACGGAUCAGGUGCUGCAGAGGCAUGUGCUUCCUGUUCUGGAGGGUAGACGAUAAGUGCUUUGCAUGGGGGCACUGGGCUUGUUUGGGAGUCUCUUAUGUGCUGUGUACUGAGGUUGCAGCUAGUCACGUAUUGCCGUGCUGUAUUGAGUCGUGGAAUGCACUGCUUCGAUGGGUACAGUCAUUGUCCUGUCGGGAUGUACCAGUGGACAUACUAAAGUCGAUGUGGAAGCUGCAUUGCAUGUCCGCAGGUAGAUUAUUAGCCCGGUACGAUGAAGUCAGCCCGGAGCAUGCACUUUCACAAC